CAGCACCACCAGCAGCAGCAACAACAACAUUUAAGAUCGGAUCCAGACAGCCUCCCGGACUCCACCAGCAGCUCCAUAGUUACACUGUUCCAGCCCGCUCGAGUGCCAUAGAUCCUCACCAAGUGCCAAAAUCCGCAUCCUGAUCCGGAAAAUACGGCCCAAAACUGAGCUGAGAACGAAGCGAAGGAAGUUCCUUAGUGCCAUAGAAUGCGGUAAAUUGAAACAACGAACGACACACCAGAAAGACAAACCAACAAAUCCAACAAAUCCAACAAAUCCAACACAGAAACUAUCCAUCUGGAACUGGAGCGAACUACUAAAACUACAACUAAAACAACAAAGUGCCUUCCAUCAAUCCGUUGAUUAGUGAUAUUUAUUAUGUUUAUACUUGCCAGCAGGAGCAGCAUCAGCAUCAUUAACUCGAACUUGAGCGACCUUCCAAGGAUCCAGCAUCGAUGACCAGUCCACGAUCAGUUCAUGACCAAGUCAGAGUGCAAUCCAGAAGCCAAGUCCGAGUCCAGAUCCAAGUCCAAAUCCAGUUCAAAUUAGUUCAGUAAGCAGAGGCUAAAGGAGACAGAGCCACAGCGAAUAAUGUCCACAUCCACCGCCACAACGAGCGUCAUUACGUCCAACGAGCUCUCGCUGUCCCACGGCCACUCGCACCAUAAUCUUCACCAGCAUCAGCAGCACAGUCGCCUGGGCGUGGGUGUUGGUGUGGGUAUCCUGAGUGACGCCUCUCUGUCCCCCAUUCAGCAGGGUACCGGAGGCAACAACGGAGGAGGAGGAGGCGGCGGAGGAGGAGGAGGCAAUAACAACAACAACAACAACAACAGCUCACCGCUGGCACCCAACGGUGUACCGCUCCUGACCACAAUGCAUCGAUCACCGGACUCACCACAGCCGGAGCUGGCCACCAUGACGAAUGUGAAUGUUCUGGACCUGCACACGGACAACUCCAAGCUGUACGACAAGGAGGCUGUCUUUAUCUAUGAGACACCCAAGGUGGUAAUGCCACCGGAUGGUGGACCAGGUGGCGGUGGCGGUAGUAAUCCCGAUGAGGGUCAUGCCAUCGAUGCCAGGAUUGCAGCCCAAAUGGGUAACCAGCAGCAGCAGCAGCAGCAGCAGCAGCAGACGGAACACCAGCCGCUGGCCAAGAUCGAGUUCGAUGAGAAUCAGAUCAUCCGCGUCGUGGGUCCAAAUGGAGAGCAGCAGCAGAUCAUCUCGCGGGAGAUCAUCAACGGGGAGCACCACAUCCUCUCCCGCAACGAGGCCGGCGAGCACAUCCUCACGCGCAUCGUUAGCGAUCCCUCCAAGCUGAUGCCCAACGACAAUGCGGUGGCCACCGCCAUGUAUAACCAGGCCCAGAAGAUGAACAAUGACCAUGGUCAGGGUAAUGUCUAUCAGACCUCUCCCCUGCCCCUGGACGCCUCCGUGCUCCACUACAGUGGGGGCAAUGACAGCAACGUGAUCAAGACGGAGGCGGACAUCUAUGAGGACCACAAGAAGCAUGCAGCUGCCGCGGCAGCAGCAGCAGCAGCCGCCGCCGCCGGCGGUGGUCCCAUCAUCUACACCACCUCCGAUCCCAAUGGAGUGGUGAAGCAGCUGCCCCACCUGUCCGUGCCCCAGAAACUCGAUCCGGAUCUGUAUCAGACGGACAAGCAUAUCGAUUUGAUCUACAACGACGGCAGCAAGACGGUUAUUUACUCCACCACGGAUCAGAAGGGUCUCGAGAUAUACUCGGGCGGCGACAUUGGCAGCCUGGUCUCCGACGGCCAGGUGGUUGUCCAGGCCGGACUUCCCUAUGCCACCGCCACGGGUGCCGGCGGACAGCCUGUCUACAUAGUGGCCGAUGGCGCCCUGCCCGCCGGAGUGGAGGAGCAUCUGCAGAGUGGCAAACUUAAUGGCCAGACCACGCCCAUAGAUGUCUCUGGAUUAUCACAAAACGAGAUUCAGGGCUUUCUCCUUGGCUCACAUCCCUCGUCCUCGGCGACGGUCACCACCACCGGCGUGGUCUCCACCACGACGAUCUCGCAUCAUCAUCAGCAGCAACAGCAGCAGCAGCAGCAACAGCAGCAACAGCAGCAACACCAGCAGCAGCAGCAGCAACAUCCCGGCGACAUUGUCAGUGCCGCUGGCGUUGGAAGCGCGGGCUCAAUUGUUUCCAGUGCAGUUCAGCAGCAGCAGCAACAGCAGCAGCAACUAAUUAGCAUCAAGCGAGAGCCCGAGGACUUGCGCAAGGAUCCCAAGAAUGGCAACAUUGCCGGUGCAGCGGCGGCCAAUGGAGCGGGCACGGUCAUAACGCAAAAGAUCUUGCACGCAAGUGAAGCUGAUAGGCCCAGCACAUCGGAAGCAGGAUCUAUCUUGGGAUCCACCGGAAGCAUCACACCACCAGAACCACCAGCACCACCUCAAGCAGCGGCACCACUUCACUCCCCCAGCACCACAGCGAUGUAUGCAACCACGGGCGGCACACAGAUUUACCUACAGACCUCACAUCCCAGCGCGGCAAGCGGAGCGGGCGGUGGGGCAGGACCCGCAGGAGCUGCCGGCGGCGGCAGUGGAGGAGGCGGCGUCUCCCUGCAGGCUCAGAGCCCCAGCCCUGGUCCAUAUAUAACGGCCAAUGAUUAUGGAAUGUAUACGGCCAGUCGCCUGCCGCCAGGACCCCCGCCCACCAGCACCAGCACCUUCAUUGCGGAGCCCUCGUACUAUCGCGAGUACUUUGCGCCGGACGGCCAAGGUGGCUAUGUCCCAGCCAGCACGCGAUCCCUCUACGGUGACGUGGAUGUGUCCGUAUCCCAGCCCGGCGGAGUGGUCACCUAUGAGGGCCGCUUUGCCGGCAGUGUUCCCCCACCCGCCACCACCACAGUGCUGACCAGCAGUCUGCACCACCAGCAGCAGCAGCAGCAGCAGCAGCCACAACACCACCAGCAGCAUCAGCAACAGCAUCAGCAACAGCAGCAGCAGCAUCAUCCACAUUCGCAUCCACAGGAUGCAAAGAGCAAUGGUGGAGCCACGCCCCUGUAUGCCAAGGCCAUCACGGCGGCGGGUCUCACCGUGGAUCUGCCCAGCCCGGAUUCGGGCAUUGGAACGGAUGCCAUCACUCCGCGGGAUCAGACCAACAUACAACAGUCCUUCGAUUACACGGAACUGUGUCAACCUGGCACCCUGAUCGAUGCCAAUGGCAGCAUACCCGUGAGCGUGAACAGCAUCCAGCAGCGGACAGUGGUCCAUGGGAGUCAGAAUAGUCCCACAACCUCACUGGUGGAUACGAGCACAAAUGGAUCGACACGAUCACGGCCCUGGCAUGACUUUGGACGACAGAAUGAUGCAGAUAAAAUUCAAAUACCAAAAAUCUUCACAAAUGUGGGCUUUCGCUAUCACCUGGAGAGCCCCAUCAGCUCAUCGCAGAGGCGCGAGGACGAUCGCAUCACCUACAUCAACAAGGGUCAGUUCUAUGGGAUAACACUGGAGUAUGUCCACGAUGCGGACAAGCCCAUCAAGAACACCACCGUCAAGAGUGUGAUCAUGCUAAUGUUCCGCGAGGAGAAGAGCCCCGAAGAUGAGAUCAAGGCCUGGCAAUUCUGGCACAGUCGUCAGCAUUCCGUGAAGCAAAGAAUCUUGGAUGCAGAUACGAAGAACUCGGUUGGCCUCGUUGGUUGCAUCGAGGAAGUGUCGCACAAUGCCAUCGCCGUCUACUGGAAUCCGCUGGAGAGCUCCGCCAAGAUCAACAUUGCGGUUCAGUGCCUCAGCACGGAUUUCAGCAGUCAAAAGGGAGUUAAGGGCCUGCCGCUGCACGUACAAAUCGACACAUUCGAGGACCCCAGAGAUGCGGCAGUCUUCCACCGCGGCUACUGUCAGAUAAAGGUCUUCUGCGAUAAGGGCGCUGAGCGCAAGACUCGUGACGAGGAGCGGCGGGCUGCCAAGCGAAAGAUGACGGCAACGGGCAGAAAGAAGCUGGACGAGCUAUACCAUCCAGUGACGGAUCGGUCCGAGUUCUAUGGAAUGCAGGACUUCGCCAAGCCGCCGGUGCUAUUCUCGCCCGCCGAGGACAUGGAGAAGAGCUUCUACGGCCAUGAGACUGACUCGCCGGAUCUGAAGGGGGCCUCGCCAUUCCUGCUCCAUGGCCAGAAGGUGGCAACGCCGACGCUCAAGUUCCACAAUCAUUUUCCGCCCGACAUGCAGACCGAUAAGAAGGAUCACAUCCUGGACCAGAACAUGCUGACCAGCACACCGUUGACCGACUUUGGUCCACCCAUGAAACGUGGCAGGAUGACGCCGCCCACCUCGGAGCGGGUGAUGUUGUAUGUGCGGCAGGAGAACGAGGAGGUGUACACGCCACUCCAUGUGGUUCCACCCACCACCAUCGGUCUGCUGAAUGCGAUUGAAAACAAAUACAAAAUCUCAACAACGAGCAUAAAUAACAUAUAUCGCACAAACAAGAAGGGGAUUACUGCGAAAAUUGACGAUGACAUGAUAUCGUUCUAUUGCAACGAGGACAUCUUCCUGCUGGAGGUGCAACAGAUCGAGGACGAUCUGUACGAUGUGACGCUAACGGAGCUGCCCAAUCAGUAGCAGUGGCCGUAGUAGUGAUCACACUACACAAGCUCAAAAAAAAGAAAGGAUAAGACACACAAAUGAAGGACACAAGCAGUUGUUUCAAUAAGCCAUUUUUCCAUAGAGCCUAAGUCUAAUUUCGUAGUUGUAGUAUUGGGACACACUUACACUUAAACACGACAAGUUGCAACAGAGAUUUGCGUGGAAUGAGAUUGGAAGGAUGAGACACACAACAAUAUAUACAAUAUGUAAAAUGAUAUACACUUAAAUUCGAAUUAGUUAUUUAGCAACAAUGAAUGAGAUUACUUUCUGAAAAUUGUUUGAUCAAAUUUAACAUUCUCGUCUAUGUCUAUAUAGAUACUCGAUAAGCUCUAAUCGUAAUCGAAUCGUGUACUUCUGUCUGUCCAGUAGGUUUAUAAGUCUCUGAUUAUGCUACGACCUUAGGUCCCAGGGCAAGUAAGAGUUACAGAAUCUAAAAUCUAUCUUUUAGGUACAUAUAUCCCUCGUUAGACUAUAAUAUUGUGUAAUCCAUUUUGUAUGUUUGGCUUAAGCGUUUUGAAUUGUUGAGAAUAUAUAUAUAUAUAAAUUGUAAAAUUAUUUUUGAAAAAAACACACACACAAAACAAAAAACAAAUCGUUUGUUCUAUAUUUCUAUUUCAAAACUACACCGUCCCCCACUCUCUUUCUCUUUCUUUAUCUGUUAUGUAUAAUUAGGAUCUCUGUACACAAAAAAAAAAACAACAAGAUAUAACGAAACAAAAAAUUGGUAGAAAAACCCUUCCCCUCCCCCAAGCUCGAAGUAAUUAUCCUUAAAAUUAGAUUUACGCACAUAGAGAUAAGCAAACACUCUGCAAUAAAACAUGUUGAUAAAAAUCGUAGUUAAGUCCAAGCUAAGGCAUAAAAACCCAUACAAAACCACAAAAAAAAAACAAACAAAUUAAGAAAACUUUAAAAAACACUUUUGUGCAUUUGUUGUGAAACAAACAAAAUAUCUAAAGAACAAAAAUCAACCGAGAACGUUGAUUCAAAACUAAACAAUAUAUUAAUUCAUGAAUCCAACGAAAGGACGCAGCAUUCGUAUGAAUCAGAUAUAAUAUAUAUAUAUGUAUUUGUAUAGGGAUAUAUAACAUGUCGUGUUUACAAUCUUUGUUUGCCAUAAUUAACAGUUUAAUUUAAUUAACGAAAUGUUUUGUGUACAAUGUUAUUUGAAUUCAAGCAGAGACUACACCGCGAGAUUUUGCUUGGAACUACGAAUACUCCGCAUCGAUUGCUACAAUUUUGAACAGUACGAGUUCAAUGCUCAAUAUUAUUAUUAAUUGUUUAUUAAUUGUAUAAUCCCCACCUUCAGUCCAACUCCCCCUCCCCUCCAAUACUUAACAAUAAUGCUCUUUACUACUCUAAUCUCUCUCUCUCACUUUUUUGCGAGGGGGAAAUACAAAACAUUUUCCACUCGACUUUUCCGGUGUUGUACAUCACAAUUUGUUUUUAAUGUUAGCCCUUAGUUUAUUACGUACUAUUCAAGAUACAACAAUAUUAUGAUAUGAAUUGAGAAGAAGAUAAGAUAUAUAUAUAUAUGAAAUGAUGAUGAUGAAUCGAAAAUCUUGCCUGCAUGUUAUAAUUCUAUAUGUUUAGCUAUCGUAUAACCCUUAAGUUCUACGCUCUUUCUAUAUAUGUUCGUAUACGAAACACAUAUACACAUAUAUUUUAAAGGCCAAUAAUUUAUUUUUUGUUACUGUUGGAAACGAUUCCGCGAAAAUAGAAAAGCAAAAAACAAAAAACCCCAAAAAAAAGAGAGAAACGUGAAAAUGCAACUGAGAACAAGUGGCACUCCAUAAAUCGUGGGAGAAAUGCAUAUGUCCAACUUGAGAAAUUAUAAAACAAGAGACAAGCAAACAAACAAA